AUAGUAGUGUACCGUACUUGUGCUCCAAAUUUUCUCGGCUUCGGUAAUAUAGUAGCAGAUUUUUUUUUCAUUCCAUUAGAACCCAACUAACUGUUUAGGAAGCAGCCAAUUAAUAUUUCAGUAAAUCCGUGUGCUUGAAAACAGAAAAGCUGGAGAAGUUAGAGCAAUUUACGAAGCUAUCAAAGAUGGAUAGAAAGGCAGAGUUGGAGCGGAAGAAGGCCAAACUACAGGCCCUCCGCGAGGAGAAAGACCGCCGUCGAAAGGAGAAGGAGAUGAAAGACCUCGAAGAGGCAGCCGGUAAAUUAGGCCACCCGGAAAAUAAUACCAGAAAGGACUUGGACGAGAUGCUUUCUUCGCUAGGAGUAGCACCAGUUUCUGAAGUGCUUUCAUCUUUAUCUUCUGUUAACUCGGCCACAUCAGACCAUUCGGCAAAUCACACCCCAGAUGCCAGUUUACAGCCAAGUAUUAACGGACAAAACUAUCGCAAGAAGCAAAUCAGUCUGAGCCUAGUUUCUGUGCAGGCAACGAACAUUCCACCGAAAGAAACGGUCGUCUACUCCAAGCAGACGCAAACUACGAGUACUGGUGGUCAUGAGCGUGAUGUUUUUUCUUGCCAUUCCUCACCUCUAUCAGGAUAUAUGGAGGAUUGGUGGAGGCCGCGUAAAGCUCAUGCUACGGACUAUUACGAUGAAUACAAUCUAAAUCCCGGUUUAGAGUGGGAGGAUGAGUUUACAGGUGACGAUGAAGAAAGCUCCCUUACUCAUAUCGAUCAUGGUUUCCACUCGAAACUACCACCGGGUAUACUUCCACAUGGACUGCCCACGGUCAAGGAGGUGGCACCCGCCAUCACACCACAAGAACAGAAGAAGGAAGAAGUUAAGGAAGUUAAAGAACUAUCCGCCGAGCAAAAACAGAUGAUAAUAUUAUCAGAAGAUUUCCAACGUUUCAUCCUGAAGGCAGGAAAGGUUAUGGAACGUGCUCUAUCGGAAAUGGUAGACAUAUACACCGAUUACAUCGGCGGUGGCGAUACCGAUGACAUCAACGAUGAACGUUCAUUGGCUCGAUUGUCUUUGAAUCGGACAUUCUAUUGUGAUCGCUGGUCGAAAAAUCGUUGUGUAACAUCGUUCGAUUGGUCAACACACUUUCCAGAACUUCUGGUUGCUUCGUACCACAACAAUGAAGAAUCUCCCAAUGAGCCCGACGGGGUAGUGAUAGUAUGGAACACAAAAUUCAAGAAGCAUACCCCGGAAGAUGUUUUCCAUUGUCAAAGUGCCGUAAUGUCUACUUGCUUUGCAAAAUUUCAUCCUAAUUUAAUCUUGGGCGGAACUUACUCCGGCCAGAUAGUGCUGUGGGAUAACCGGGUCCAGAAACGAACUCCGAUUCAACGGACACCACUCAGCACAAACGCGCAUACUCAACCCGUAUACUGUCUGUCGAUGGUUGGCACCCAAAAUGCUCACAACGUUAUCUCGAUCAGUUCGGACGGUAAACUGUGCUCGUGGAGUUUGGAUAUGUUGUCACAGCCACAGGACGUUCUCGAGCUGCAGCAGCGACAGUCGAAGGCUAUUUCAGUGACGUGCAUGGCCUUCCCACACAACGAGGUCAAUAACUUCGUGCUGGGAAGUGAAGACGGUUACGUUUACUCGGCGUGUCGUCACGGCAAUCGAUCCGGUAUCGGGGAAACAUACGAAAAACAUCUGGGUCCAGUGACAGGUAUCUCAGCACAUCACAAUCAAUCGUCGCCAGAUUUUGGCCAUCUGUUCCUUACUUCUUCCAUUGAUUGGACCAUUAAAUUAUGGAGUCUGAAGGACAAUAAACCUAUUUACUCGUUCGAAGAUAACUCUGACUACGUGAUGGAUGUGGCUUGGUCACCAAUUCAUCCGGCGCUGUUUGCGGGAGUAGACGGAAGUGGUCGAUUAGAUUUGUGGAAUCUAAACCAGGAUACCGAGGUACCAACCGCGUCCGUUGUUGUCGACGGUCAGCCGGCAUUGAAUCGAGUUUCCUGGACACCGUCUGGUUUGCAUGUAACUGUUGGUGACGAAGCUGGUCGAAUCUAUGUGUACGAUGUGGCGGACAAUUUAGCCAGCCCUCGGAUGGAUGAGUGGAAUAAGCUUAACUCAGUAUUAUACGAGCUCAAAAUGAAUCAGAACGACGAGUUUGAUGAUAUCGAUAAGAAGUCACCUAUUCCACAGAAUCCAUCAUUGACGUCUCUGACAUCGUCACCGCUUAUAUGAAAUUCAAUACGGCCCUAUUGAAAGUACGAUGGGGACUAAAUAACAACCUUAUAUAUGCGUGCUUAAGUUGCAUGAGCGAGAUGUUGAUAUUAUUUAAAAGAAUAAUGCUUGUUGAGAGAGAGAGGAGUAUGAGGAUAAAGUCUGGAAAAUAAUUUUCUAAAAGGGAACCAAACGUAUGAACAGGUAGAAAAGCUCAGAGUGCUGUCAGUUGAGUUAUAUUUAACACAAUACAGACAUAUAAUAUAAUAGGCAGCUUAUUGUGCUAAUAUUGUAAAAUAAUCAAAACUUAAAAUUUUAAACUACUUUUGAAAACAUUAGAGUUAAUUCAGUCUAAUACCAUGCGCAAGAAAUGAACAUUAAUUCAUGUUAUCCUAAUCGUAAAUAAACUUAUCCGAUGGAAAUAUUCCUUAAACUGAAUAC